AUGGCGGACCCAUGCGUAGACUCGACAGAGGCUGAGAGGUCUAACACACUCGUCAAAGACACCAGCGCCAGCGGCACACCGGACGGCGUCGAACCUUACCUCUUUCCCAUAGUGGCCUGCCUGGGUUGUUUGACCACCAUGGCCUGCGGGCCAAAAGACGGAGACUUUAUCAGCCCCGCUGAGUACGCGCGGGGAUGCAAGGAAUCUCCGUACGAGGCUGCCUUGUUAGCCAACACAAAGGCCGGGCCGCUCACCGACCAAGAGCUCCUCGAGCAGAUCGUCACAGAUUUCUCUCUCCGAGCAGUUCGUUUCGAUGAUUCGGACAACCGGACGGGUCUCCCUGCAACCUUGAUUCACCUAGGGAAUGGCAUGCAGCUUAAAGCCGAGUAUCACCUGGAUUUCCGCCUCCAAAACAUCCACUUCAAGCUGUGCACCAAAGAGAACCGUUUCAUCAUGUUCUUUUUCAUUCCCAUCAAACAUCUAAAGGACAUUGCAAUCCCCGAGGAGCUAGAUCCUGUCUUUCAUGCGUCGUGUUACGAUCGCGUCGGCAAAUUCGUGCAGCGGCCGCAGCGAGCGGCCGUGCUGCAGGUAAGAGAACGGGCGAUCUGUGACCAGACUCCCGCAUCGGGUAUGUAA